AUGGAUUUCCUGCAGACACAAACCCGUCCAAUCGUCUUUGUGGCACAUAGCCUAGGCGGCAGUCUGGUCAAGAGUGCCCUGGUAUUCUCUGACCAGGAACAAGAAGAUAUAUCUAGCCGGCUCGACAUAAUCAGUGCAUCAACACGCGGGGUUUUCUUCAUGGAUACAACAGAGCUAGGGAUCAGCACUAAUGGAAUGGAAAAGUUCUUACACAGCAUCGAAGGCUCAAUCCAAGAGAAUAGUGACAGUUGCAAGGAAGCCAAAUGGUUACUAGCUAUAUUGAAACAAUACGCAUCACUCAGUGCCAAGUAUCGAAACGUUUAUGUUUCUCCUCGACGGGGCUCAGAGACAAUUCAGGAAUCAGAGACGGAGUCUCCUGAGGAUCCUGGGUACCUGAAGAUUAAAGCGGAACUUCUCGACAUACUCAAAGUAUCAUGUUUAAGUGCUAGACACAUCUCUUGGGAGAAAUAA